UUCCUGCAGAGAGUUGCAUGUAUAUAAGGAGUGUCACUGUAGCUAGAAUUUACUUGCAAUUGUAGGUAUCAUCAUGAACAGGCUAACUCUGUUUGUUCUUCUCCUUGCUAUCAUUCAAGUGCACUGCAACCCUGCUGCUUCUAAAAGAAGUUGGGAUGGUCCAGGACCACUAAAAGAUGAGAAUAAGCAUGAUUCUCAGCUGAUGGAUGCUACAGGCAAGGAAGAAGAUAAAGAAGAAAUCAAUCUUGACCUUGGUGAUGUUGAUGAGGAUGAAGACAAAGAAGGCAACAACAAAGAUGACAUAAAAGAUAAUGAUGACAGUGGAAAGGAUAAAGAUGAAAAAGACAACACAGAUGAUGAGGAUGAUAAAGAUGAUAAUUUUAAAAGUGAUCUUGAAGAAUUGGCAGAUAAAAUAUCUCAAGCACCUGCUAACUUCAGUGAAGAGUAUGGUAGUAGUGAAGAUGUUAUAGAGGGAGACAUCAAAAUGACUCCAGAGCAGGCUGCACUCUUCAAGCGUGGUGGAUGGGAUGAGUUAGUCAAUUCAGAAGCAUGGCUCCGUAACCAUGGCAAGUGGUCAAGGACUAUCCCAUACACAAUUAGUGGAGUUGCUACUAGAGAAAGGAAUGCUUUAACAAGUUCAAUCAAAAUGUUUCAUGAUCUUACAUGCCUACGAUUUACUCCAAAGCAGAGUUAUAACCGUGAUUAUAUUCAAUUUGUUAGUCGAGGAGGUUGUUGGUCCUAUCUUGGUAAACAACCUCCAGGAAGAUAUGCCAGACCUCAGCUAGUCUCAUUAGCUAGUGGUUGCUAUCUUGCUGUCCCUGCUCAUGAGAUAAUGCAUGCACUUGGACGAUUUCAUGAACAAUCACGAGCUGACAGAGACACAUACGUCAGAAUAAUAACUGGAAAUAUAAGAAGUGGAUAUGCAGGAAAUUUUGUCAGACGAACUACUUCUGACAGCCAAUCUCUACCAUAUGAUUAUCUUUCAUUGAUGCAUUAUGGUAGAACUGCUUUCAGUAGAAACGGUCAACCUACAAUUCAACCAAAACCUUAUUCAUUCAUCACUAUUGGCCAGAGAAACAGAUUGUCAAUGUAUGAUGUACAACACAUUAAUAUUCGAUACUGUCCAGAAAGAGCUCUUAGAUUAGUUGGAGGCAGAGGAUCAUUUGAAGGAAGAGUUGAAGUGUUUUGGAAUGGACAGUGGGGAACUGUCUGUGAUGAUUCAUUUGGUAGAAAUGAUGGUCGUGUAAUUUGCAAGUAUAUGGGUUUCCCUGAUGUUGUUGCAACAUACCAUAGAGCUCGAUUUGGGCAGGGAACUGGUCCAAUAGUAAUGGAUGACCUACGUUGUGCUGGUAAUGAGUACAGUCCCUUUGCAUGUCCUAUGAGGACUAUUGGUACUCAUAACUGUCAUCAUUCUGAAGAUGCUAGUGUAAUGUGCCAGAAAAAUGUUCGUCUAGUUGGUGGUAGUGUUACUAGCAGCUAUGCUGUUGGUCGCUUGGAAGUGUAUGCUGAAGGUCGUUGGGGAACCGUCUGUGAUGAUUUAUUUGAUAUAAAUGAUGCACAUGUUGUCUGUCGUCAACUUGGAUACAGGAGAGCUAGUUGUGUCUAUCCUCGUGCUCGCUAUGGACGUGGUACUCUUCCAAUAUUGAUGGAUGAUGUACAGUGUACUGGUGGAGAGGCACAGAUCACUCAUUGUCCCAGUACUCCUAUUGGUGAACACAACU